AUGUCAGCGCUGCACAUCAUCUUCCGCGUCAUCUACGACUCCUUCUACGUCUUCCUCUCCCUGAUCGUCCUGCUCCUGCUCCUUGUCACGCCUGCCGACAAUGUGCGCCUGGCCCUUCAAAACCACCAGGGCCUCCACGUCCUGACCACCGUCAUCUGCCUGUCCGUGACACUCCUUUUUGUCGUGCUGCUCUAUUUUGCCCGGCUAUAUGUCAACCGCAGCGCCCUCGCCAACAUCCCCAAACCAUGGAUUCCCAUCGGAAAAGGCGAGGUCAAGAAGAGUGUGCGAAAGAUGAUCACCGCUGGUCUGAGUCGCAGUGCGGCCAUAGCGUACGAGUCGAAGCCGAGGGUGGCCCCGGCGAGACCGCCCACUGCGAUGACGGAAGUUGAAGAAGGAGAAAAAGAGGAAAAGGCUGGGGAUAAGGGGAGGAAAUCAGCGCUGAAGGUAUUCAAACUGAAGAAGGCGCCAACCGUGGAGGACAAGAUGGGCAUCACAUUGCCCCCACACCGAGCCGUCUGGGGCGAAAUCGAACACUACGGGUGGGCGUCGCCCAACUCCUUCGACCUGCCCAACCUGCAGUACAGCUCGGUCAUAUCAGAGCUGCCGAAUCUGAUCGAGGCGAAAGCCCUGACCCUGGCGCCCCCGGUCCCCGACAAAAGCCACACCCAGCCGCCGAUCCUGGACCCCGAGGCGAUCGGGCUCCUGCAGCGGCCUGACAAUCUGGCCUUGAGGCAGUACCUCACGCAAUUGGCGGAGCUGGGCGUCCUUACGCCCUCGCGCACGACGGCGGAUUUCCUGUCUGCCUACGAAUAUGCGCGCUACUCGACGCGGCCCAUCUCGAACGCCCGCUUCCGCGAGUUGAUGCACCUCUUCGCGGAGCUCCUGCGCACGAUGCAGCCGCUGGACCCGGCCGUGCUGAUGGAACUGGAUGGCGCUGGCCUCUCGGAGGACGAGGAGAGUGACAUUGAUGACGAUGCGCCCCGACGCAGCCCCCCGAGCACCCCGCGUAGCCGCGCCAGCCGGAACUCGGUCCUCCAGCGGCAGCGCAGCACCGCGUCGCACGCCACGACGACAACAACGAGCAGUGGCAAGUCCAACGCCAGCGGCGGAUCGCAAGUCCGCCGGAGGCCGCGGAAUCACCAGCAACAGCCAAGGCCGCAGAUGGCGGGGCGCGUGUCUUCGCAGGGCACGUCGUGGGGCGGCGGCGCGGCGACGUAUCGCACGGCGCCGACCACACCCAAGACACAGAAGACGGCCGCGUCCCCGUCGCCGACGGCGUCGAGCGUCAACAGCUUCGCGCAGACGAGGCAGCCGUUCACUCUCGGUGGCGGCGGCAGCUCUGCCUCGACUUCGAGCGUCGCGUCCGCGCACGUGUCGCGGUCCCGGUCCGGCCGGUCCUCUGUCGCCAGCGGGAGCGGUGGUUCGGUCAUCAUCCGGCUGGCUGGGCGGGCGGAUGGCGAUGGGAUGCCGUAUGUGCUCUCGCUUGGGGGAGACUCGGACCGGUAA